AUGGGUCAGCCUCCGCAACCCACUGUAGAAGAAGCUCGCAGCUCUUCAGAGUCCCUGAAGAGCCCGCGGACGGCUCGCUUUGCCGAAGCCACCGCCGUUCAUUCUCCUGUGGACGAGAACUCCAGACGCUCUCCCUUCACCGACCCUCAACCCCAAGGCAAUGUGGGAGACGUCGGGUUCGGCUACGUGGCUACCAAUGACCCUGCCCAGCAUGCGAACGAUUCGCGGCCCCCGGCGUCGCCGCUGAAGAGUGCGCUGAGAGUACCCGGAACAGCCCGCACUCUGGACAUAAGGAGCCCAACCUUCCGUGAGGAGUACAUGCUGGAGAAGCAGGAGAAGGUCACGGAGAAGGCGAAUGAGAAGGAUCUGAAAAUCAAACUCCGAGUACGGAUCGCCAAGAUCUUCCUGCGCUUCGUCAACUUCGGCUGCAGUCUUAUCGUGCUGUCCCUGCUGGCAGUCACCCUGUCCAUCUUCAACGCAACCAAGACAAUAGAAGCGAGAAACAGUCUCCCCGCCUGGGCGGAGGGCACGAACCCGUGGGCACAGUACAUGCUCCUGGGCAUGGCAUGUUUAUCGCUGACAGCCGUCUACUACACGACCUUCACCGUCUGCUUCUUCGUUUUCAGUCUGAUCAUGUGGAUUGUCGGCGCAGCGGUCUACGCUCACUCCAAAACGACAACCAACGGCCAGGAUAUGUGGUCGUGGUCCUGUGCGCACAACAACCGCGAACAGGACUUCUCCAACGUCGUCGACUACGCUUUGCUCUGCCGUCUGCAGGACUGGGGUCUCUUGUGCGCCAUCAUUGAAAUUGUCAUCGAAGUUCUGGUAAUCCUGAUCUACGCCGUCGUCGCCUACCGCGUGUGGAGCAAGCGCAAGCUCAUGAAGACCAUGGACCAGCGCGACAGAGCCCGCUCGGAUCUGUAUCUCGCCCAGCUGCGUCUGCAGUCCGCCCCAAAUACACCGGGCUUCCCGGGCUUCUCGCCGUACCCGCCCAAGUCCCCAUUUAUCUACUCCGCGCAACUGGACCCGUACUCCGUCGCCGAGAAGGGUGAGUACCACAACCCGGCGACCCAGUACGCCUCGCCGCGCUCGCCGACUCGCCCAGCGCCGACCUUCCAGCUGCAGGCCCCGCCAAUCAAGGUCCAAGGAGCGUCGCCCCAGAUGGGACAGGGAGAGUUCGCGCCUUCGAACCAGUCUCGAACGCCGUCUCCGCCAUCCUCCCAGCACUCUUCCCAGCACUCUGGUCCUGUCUCGCAACCUUCUGUUUCUCAUCACUCUGCUGCUGCUGGCCCCAAUGAGCCAAGCUACGGCUCCGUGCCUAUCCCAGGCGCUUAUAGCUAG